ACACACCCCCGACAUAUCGCCUCAUUCCGGGAUGAACAGCCACAAACGCAACAAGUCACCAAGCAACCACCAGACAUUAAACUUCACACACAUUGCCUGCAGUAUUUUGUCUGUUAUCCGGAGUCAUUCAGAGUUUGCGCAAGAGGCUGUGCUGGUCGUGCGCCAACUUCAGAGUUUGAAUGGCACCGGGAGCGCUGCACGGAUGAUCCGGGUUGGGUGAAAGUACAUCCUGCCGUGGGUCAGUCAGACAGCCAGUCCGCUUCUGAUGCUACUGGGAGAAGAGAUGUCCCCUUUAUUCAUGGACACCGGGUACGAGCCCAACAGCCCCAGCUCUCUGUCAGCUGAGGAGAGCCACAGCAACACCGCUGGAUCGGAGAGAGAAGGAGAGGGACAACAGACGGAAAAGAGAGGGACAAAGAGACAAGAGAAGAACAGAGACGCUGCCAGGAAGAGCCGGAAAAAGCAAACGGAGAGAGCAGACGAGCUUCAUGAGGAGCUCCAGGGUCUGGAGCGGUCAAAUUCAGCCCUUCACAAGGAGAUUGCCUCGUUGAAAAAAGAACUGCACCUCUACAUGACAGCUUUGGAUCGCCACAAGCCUUUAUGCUGCCUCCAAGACUCCACACCCAACUCCAGCUCAACAAUCUGUCCUUCGGUUUCACCCUCAGCCAAGUGUCAGAGCAGCUCCAGCCCUCCUCGGGUCCCUACUCAGGCCCCAAGAACGACUCAACCUGCUGCCCCUUCAUGCUCUACCUCCAGCAUGGGUCUCUCUGCCCCAACAACUACAACAUUAACCUCAUCUAUCAGCUCGUCUUCUGAACUCUUUGCAUUCUCCAGCUCUGUAACUGUUCCUUAUUCCGCCUCUUUCACUACAAUCCCGGCUCCUCACUCCUUGUUCAGUGAUGAUCCUCCUACUCUGAUCGCAUCAAGGCCGACAAAUGUUACGCCUGUCUGCACCAGCCUUGUUUCAAACCCUGUACCCUCCAGCUCCCUCACCACAGCAGCUAAAGCUCAAUCGAGUCAAGGUGCUAACCAGGAACGUUCUUCAGUGUCAGAGAAGGCUUUCUCUACACUUCAGCCUGGUGCACUGGAUGCCUUAAUAAUGAAACAAGCCUCUUUUAAAACUGCCUCAUCGAAUGUGGUGCCUCCUUACUCCCAUUCAGCUGCAGUGACCGCAGGAUUAGUAGCACAUGGUUGUUCCAUGAACGUACCCCAGCUUCAUCCAGGUCACAUUGGAGAAAAUCCAAUCAUUUCAAGUCCACUGCAUUCUCUUUCACGGUCAACUCUUCAAGAUCCUGCUCUUCAGUCCCUCUCAGCGUUCCCUCAGGCCAAUCCAGAGCUGUCUCCUGCCUCUGCCUUUGCCUCAAAGUCAAGUUAUAGUCAACACGUAGCGGCCAGUCCUGCGCCUCUGCUUUCCCUGCUGACCGUCCCGAGUCCUGUUAAUGUGUCUCAGACUACCUCCAGCAGCUUUGAUGGACCUCCUCCUCAGCCCCCACCCUCGCUGCCACCAUUGGGGGAUCCCUCAAGAGAUCUCUCCCUUUCUGAGUUGCUAGAGGUCAAUGACUGGAUCCUGUGGGACUAGUUACCAGUAGCACUACAUGUCACAUAGCAAAAGAAAACCAGUUUACUUGUGCCAGAAUUCUUAUUUAAUUCAUAUAUUUCUAUAUUUCCAUUGGUUUAAUCAAAUACUGGACCCUUUGACAAAGUGGCAAUAAAAUCACAACACAGAGACAUCUGAUGAUUCAGAUUUUCUAAAAGAACUCCUGCACAAUUUAUUAUGAAAAUAAAAUCCUGAGCUGCUACAGCAACAACCAAAAAAAAGGAGAAGGUUCUAUGAGUAAAGGAACAUUUAUAUAUAUCUGGCAUCUUUGUGAAAAGGAAAAUUAACCAGCCAGAUGGGUGCUACAGUUUCCUGAAUCCAGAGAAUAUUUCAACUUUGUGUAAUUCUAGAUAGGGUGGAGUACUUUAAGGAAACGUUAUUAGGAAAAAAUUCCAUCUGUGCCACAUAUGAGCUGAAGUGUGAAAACACAGAUUGCCAAAGUUAACCACACAGCCCUGACCUGGCUGCAUGUGGUGGUAAUUAUGAUUUAAGUCCAGGAAACGUUCUUCCUCUUUUUUCUUUUCUUUUGACUUUAUUUAAAACACGCACACGCACAUAUUUUGCUGCUACUGGCGAUUUGUUUAAGUAUUUCAAUAUUUCAUUUUUCAUUUUCAAAAGCUAAACUUUAAUUUUAUACAUUUAUUGAUGGAAUGAAAACAGAAAAACAAAGAUUUUUCUUCACUUCAAAUAAUAGAACUGCAUUAUUUCUACCUAAUAUAAUUAGGCUCUUAUAUGAUUCAUUGUUCAUUUAGGUCUUUUACCAGGGUUUGCUUGCAAAGGUGUAUGCACAACCAGACAAAAUGGGUAACUGCCCAGAGCCCAAUACUAUACUAUACCCAAUACUAAAAAGUGUGGGUAUCUGGGUUAUUUAUCUGUCUUCUCUGCUUAUUGCAUAUUGCAUGUUCCCAAAUAAAUAUGUGCUUAAACUAAAUAAUCACAUACAGUUGGUCCAGAGGGGCUCACAGCUCAUCUUUAUACUGUGGCCCCCUAGUGGUUAGUGUUUAGUCAUUACUGCAUGGACAAUUAAUGUGCUGACUCAAAACCCUUAUUUUCUCUUACUGCUUGAUCAAAUCCAGCCACAUGUAUGUAGAGACAUGUCACAUAUUUUUGGAUUAUCUUGUAAUAAUGUUUUACACUGACAGAAAGCCUGCACUGAUUUGUGAUGGAGAGGCCUGUAGAGAGCAGGAUGAUGUUAUUAGGGAAAGAUUCAUUAAGCACAAUGAUGAUGGUGACAGGGCUGCCCACUCACACGCCUGUGAGUCUAAGUCUAAAAAUGAUUAUUAUAGGGAAAUUAAUAAUUCCCUUACUGUGCUUAUGAGUCACAUGAGAGAAAUAGCUUUUUUUCCCACGACCCCCUCUCUCUGCAGCUGUUCCAUUGGAACUACUGCUUUAAGGAAAUAAAGAUUGUAAUAUAAAAACGAAACAAAAUAGGAGAUCUAGCUAGGCUUCUGCUCCAUGAUUGUAAUAAAAUGACGAUUUUGUUUUUUCAGAGGAUGAUUUAUGUAGAUUAUAUUGCUUUAUAUACACUAUAUCUGUAGAUUUAUGUAAAAUAGGAGCGUUUUUAGGCUUUGUUUGUGUGUAUUAUGACAGUUUUGUAUUUAUCAUGCAUUAGAUUAAUAUAUUUAUGCUGUCAUACUGGUGAAAUAGGAAAAUAAUUGCAAAUAAAAACAUUUUAUUAAAACA